GGGGACCGGGGAAGAAGACGGGUCUCUGGCAGAAGCUGAUUAGAGACAGCAGUCAGCACACACAGGUGGUGGUCGGUAGGCUCUGACAGGAGAACCGUAAACAGAAGAAACCAUGAAGAACGAAGGUAUAGAGGGGACGGAGAGGUUCCUGAGCCCGGACCGCGGCAGAGGCCUGCGGGCGGUGAGGCACUUCGCGGUGGGGGAGCUGGUGUUCGCCUGCCCUGCCUACUCGUACGUGCUGACAGUGAAUGAGAGGGGAGCGCACUGUGAGCACUGCUUCACCAGGAGAGAAGACCUUUUUAAGUGUGGCAAAUGUAAGCAGGCCUACUACUGCAACAUUGACUGUCAGAGAGGCGAUUGGUCCAUGCAUAAGCCGGAGUGUGUAGCUAUGUGUGCCUAUGGGGAAAACUGGUGUCCAUCAGAGACUGUCAGACUGGUGGCUCGAAUCAUCAUGAAACAGAAAGUCACAACAGAGCGCACCCCUUCAGAAAGGCUGCUACUGCUCAGUGAAUUUGAAGCCCAUUUAGAUAAGAUGGACAGUGAGAAGGACGAGAUGAACCAGACAGACAUAGCAGCGCUGCACCACUUCUACUCCAGACACAUCAGUGACCUUCCAGACAAACAGGCCCUCACUGAGCUAUUUGCACAGGUUAACUGUAAUGGUUUCACCAUAGAGGACGAGGAGCUCUCCCAUUUGGGAUCAGCUGUUUUUCCUGAUGUAGCACUGAUGAAUCACAGCUGUAGUCCUAAUGUCAUAGUGACCUAUAAAGGCACAGUGGCUGAGGUCAGAGCUGUUCAAGAGAUAAACCCUGGAGACGAGGUCUUUAACAGCUACAUAGACCUGCUCUAUCCAACAGAGGACAGGAAAGAGAGGUUGUUAGAUUCCUACUUCUUCGCAUGCCAGUGUACUGAGUGCACCACCAAGUCCAAGGACAAAGCAAAAAUGGAGAUCAGGAAGCUGAGUUCUCCACCAGAACCAGGGGAAAUCCAAUCCAUGGUCCGUUAUGCCAAGAAUGUCAUCGAGGAGUUCAGGAGAGCAAAACACUACAAGACCCCCAGUGAGCUGCUGGAGAUGUGUGAGCUCAGCCUGGAGAAGAUGGGAGCUAUAUUUGCAGACACAAACGUCUACAUGCUGCACAUGAUGUAUCAGGCCAUGGGUGUCUGUCUCUACAUGCAGGACUGGGACGGAGCUAUGAGCUACGGAGAGAAGAUCAUUCAGCCAUACAGUGUUCACUACCCGGCCUAUUCUCUGAAUGUGGCGUCUAUGUAUCUGAAACUGGGACGUCUCUAUUUGGGGCUGGAGAAAAAGAAACAAGGAGUCAGAGCUCUGAAGAAGGCGGUUGCCAUCAUGGAGGUGGCUCACGGGAAGGAUCACCAUUAUGUAGCGGAAGUCAAACGAGAAAUCGAGGAGCAGAAGUAAACAAGGAGGAUCCUCUCUGAAAGCAGCAAACACACAUCACAACUGCAUGCCGUGCAUCUUAUACCUCUCCUUUCCUCGUCGCCCACUCUCUUGUUUUUCAUGCCUUUUUGUAGGCGGGGUUUCUUUUUUACUGUCAACAUAUUCUGGCUGAGGAUGACCACGUUUUGUACCUGCAGCUCUCUACUGCCCGUCGGACCUGGAGUUUAAAACAGACGAAUUAGAGUUAAAAUGUUUGGAAUGAAAAAAGUGACUGAAAUACUGACUGUGUGCUGAAGCUCAUUACACACAUCCAACACCCAUACUGUAACACACAAAGGAUCACUCAGUGGACAAACUGUAAGACUGCCUUUAAAGCUGUCUUUCAGGGGAAACAAAGCUUUCAUAUAGCGGCUAUAGAACUCCAUUUUCUGAUGUGGAAUGUCCAAUUUUUCUGUCUUUGUGAGUCUGAAGUCACUCACUGUGUUCUGUAGAUCCAUCAGCAGACAGUUUGAGCACCAUUUACGUCUUUGACAGUAGUUUUAGUCGCACAGUUGUGCUCUACAAGAGUUGUUUAAGGAUUAGGACUUCUGUACAAACUGGUUCGUAGUUGUUAUGAAGGGCAUUACUACUUAUUCCCAGCCAAUGUAUUUUGUUCUAUCAGAGUUUUGGGCUUCAGUGUUUUUUGUUUAAACUGUGAAAAAAUAAUGACUGACCAUGCAUCAGGUACUCUGUAGCAAAGGAGAGGAGAUGCAAAGAUCUAUUCCUGAAUGAACACCCAGUGGUUUGGCUUGUCUUACAGUAUGUUGUGCUCGUUUUAAAGAACCAGAAAAGUGUUGCAUGUUUUAUUGUUUAUGUUGUGUGUUGUUGUUUUUUUCAUACGAGGCUUGUUGACCAAAGUGGCCACAGGUUUAAUUGACAAGGAACCAGCUUCAAUUCUCUAUUCACAGUGUAUAUCUAAAGAGGGGCGGUGAUCUGAGGUCAGGUUGCUUUUUAUGUCACAGUAGAGACAUUGGUUCUAUGACCUGACCAAUGACCCUGGAUCGGAGCCCCCGUUGCUCUCAGGAAAAAAGGCGCAACUCUGUAGCUUUUGUUGCCUUUUGUCAAGAGAUGCAUUAUUUUACCUUUUUUAGUGUUUUCUCAAAAGCAUUGUGAAUCCGGAUUGUCAUUGCCUGGGGAAUGAAAUCACUUUAGCAGCAGUGGGCAGAAUAUUAGCAUGCAUUAUAACUUUGUAGAAUAUACAUUUUACAUGCACGUGAUGAAGGAGGAAUAUCAUCCUCACCGUUCAUUUGUACAGUUUCAGUGUGUAGGAUUUAGUGGCAUCCAGCAGAUGCAGAGCUGAAACUUCUCUUGUGUACAGGAGAACUAUGGUGGCUAACAUGAAAAUGCAAAUGGCCCCAUCUAGAGCCAGUGUUUGAUUUUUCUGUUCUGGGCUACUGUAGAACAUGGCGGAGGACUUACUCCAUAUGUAGAUAUAAAUGACUCAUUCUAAGGUAACAAAACACAAUGAUUCUUAGUUUCAGGUGACUGUAAAGUAAUGAAAACAUAGUUCUCAAUAUUUUUGCCAAUAGAUGCCCCUAAAUGCUACACAUGGGACCUUUAAUUUUAUAAUCAAAAAGAGUGACUGAAAUAUUUUUUUAAAAAGGGAAUUGCAUCUCCCUUUAAUCUCUGCUUUAGUGCAGUGUUCAUUUUGCACUCUAUAAGCUAAAGAGACUGAGACAAUUUAAACCACAACACAUAAACUGUACCAACAUGGCAACUUUUUAAGGCAAUAUUACCUUGACUACACAAAUCUCAUAAAAUCUAUGUCAGAAAUUGAGUUGACAACAAGUGUUGCCUGUGUGUGAUGGUUUUAAACGACCCUGACCCUAAAAUUAUGAGAAGGAACAGUUGCAGGUCUUAAAAGUGUAGAUUUCUCUGCUGUAGAUUUGACUGAAUCAUUAUAUAAAAAUAAGACUUAGCAUGCUGUGUGUCAAGGAGGCUUUAAAAAGAUGAGGCAAUGCCAAGAGUAUCACCAGGGCCUUAUUUAAGGGUUCUUGUUGCACUCGAAUUUUGUACAAUUUUUGUGACAAAAUGAUGUCAAAAAGGCAAACCUGUAAGCACAUGUUAUUUCCUUUGUAUCAGUUUCUGUUAGUGGACAGUUGGCCUGCCUGCAGUCUUCAUGCCGUGCACCGCCAGAGGAGCUACAGUCACAGAUCUAAUUCCUUUAUUCUUUUUAACACCUGUAGCUUCUCCUUGUUUACUAUGGAUGCAGAUUCAUGCUCCACAUGAAUGUGGGUUACUGAGGGUUAGAAAUAGCAUUAUUAUGAGUUGCCUGUGGUCGGUGCCUGUAUUUGUAGCAACUCCUGCAGUGGAGACUCUUUCUGUCACCUGCAAAGAUGCAUCUAGAAGGUGCCUGCCUUACAGUCCUGCAUAGGUAAUCCAAAAGCACCAUUUCAACAACUUUGUUCCACUUUUUUUCUUUUUUACAAAGGAUGGACAUUGAAAAGAGGGUUUUCAGGCUGUUUAGCACAAGCCACCCAAACCCUCUGUUUGCCAGAUUUGAGGACAUCAUUUUAUCUCUGGCUGGACUCUCAGAACAUGCAUACGAUUUGUUUUCCUUUCUCUGUGAUGUCAUGAUAAAAAAAAAAAAACUGACACGAGCUUUAAAACAGUAAAACCCAUACUCAUGCUGCACGUAUAAAACCAGAUGAAAGGCCACCCAGAUGUUUUCUGCUGUUUCUGUAUUGAGCUGUUACUUUACCAGGCAUGAAUGUUAUUCUACUGGAAUGCAUAACUAAAAUCUGAGCCUCUGAUUCAUUCUGCACCAUGUCAGUGGAACUCAAUAAAUGGCAGUA